AGACGCCAUUCUCUAAAGAAUCGUCAAAAAAUAUUAUAUUUUCUUGUAUUUAUAUAUACAAAGGGGACGAAAGAAAGAAAGAAAAAGAAAAAAAAAAAGAAAAAAAAAUAGAAAAGAAUAUAAUCGUCAAAUAUCUCUAAUUAUAUCGCCACGUUCGCCGGGAAAAAGGAAAUAAAUAAAAAGUAGAAAAGAAAAGGAAAGAUAAAAAACAAAGGAAAGGAACAGAAAAAUAUAAAAAAAAAAAAGUAUGAUCCGAGAAUGUCUUGCGACGAUCCUGGCCGUAGCUGCGGUUGCCCACGGUGCGUUCAAUUGUCCGAACAAAGAUGGUCAAUACGAGGAUCUAAAACAAUGUGACAAAUAUUACGACUGUUUGGACGGAAUACCUACGGAAAAAUUAUGCCCUGACGGGCUCGUUUUCGAUCCGUUAAAUCGCAAAGUCAACAAAUGCGAUCAUGUUUUCAACGUCGAUUGCGGCGAUCGUCUUGAGUUGCAACCACCACAACCAACGAAAAAAUGUCCACGUAGAAAUGGUUUCUUCGCUCAUCCAGAACCGUCGGUUUGCAACGUAUUUUAUAAUUGCAUCGACGGCGAAGCCAUUGAGAUAACGUGCACCACAGGAUUGCAUUUUGACGAGUACAGCGGAACUUGCGUUUGGCCGGACAGUGCCGGACGUGAGGGAUGCGGAGUGGUCGAUAAGAAAUUGAAGGAUGGUUUUGAGUGUCCAAAGGAGAGUCAAUUAGAUAGCCGAGGUAUGGCCAUCGAUCAUCCUAAAUUUGCACAUCCUGACGAUUGUCAAAAGUUUUACGUAUGCUUGAAUGGGGUGACACCACGUGAACAGGGUUGUAGCGACGGCACUGUUUACAACGAAGAGCAACAGAGGUGUGACGCACCUGAAAACGUUCCCGGAUGCGAGGACUGGUACAAGGAUGAUGACAAAAAACCAUAAAGGAUCAUUCGAAAUUGAUAUGUCCCGCAUCGGGACGCCUCUCGUACUGCCUUUUAUUUUUAAUCGCGAUUAGUUUGUAAUAAUAAUCAUUUUAUGUGAGGAUAAACUAGCCGUAUUAUUUGUUUCGAAAUAAAUAUUAAUUUUUAACUUUA